ACAAACCAGCCUAGUCUCCUGUCACUGCUAGCUUGUGCUGGACCACACAAGUCCUGGUCCAAAGCUCAGAUGAUUCUGGCUUAUUGGAAUAUCCGUGGGGCAAAGCAAGCCGUUCACACCCUCCUGUUGUUCUUUGGAGCUGGUCCAGCCGGUCCGCCUGCUGCUGGAGGACACUGGGACUCCGUAUGAGGACAAGUUUUAUGUCUGCGGGGAAGGAGAGCAGCUUUGAUGAGAAGCCUGGCCUUGGAAUGAACUUUCCAAGUACGAGUCGGAAGCGACGUGUCGGUGAGCGGAGCCGCUCAUUCUGAUGUCGCCAUGUCGUUUCCCUGCAGCUGCCCUACUUGAAGGAUGGAGACAGGAUGACGUCACCGAGUACUGGCAUCAUGUGAUCCAUUGCUGGCAAACACGGCCUCCGUCGGAGAAAGUCGACUCAAACGCUUUGCAGUCCUACGCGAGUGUCCCCCGGAUCGAAGGGGCCCAAGCCCGUCAUCAGUGAGAAGGCAAGGUCGCAAGGUCACCUGAGAGCCCCCAGCAUGGAGACACCAAGGUCGGCUGCACAAACAUCUUCACCUUCUGCAACAAGCGGCAACAGAACUUAAACCUGCCUGGUGUUGCACGAGCACAGGAGAAGACCUGAGGUGGACUACUCCCCCAUUGGACUUUGAGGAGGGGGGAGGAGGAAGAAGACGAGGCCCCUUCCAAUAACUACCCAGAGUAUGGGGCAAAAAGUCCCGGGUGGCAUUAAAACAAUUGAUAUGCGGGAUCCAGCCUUCAGUCCCCUGAAGCUGGAGCUACAGGCCUUGAGUCACACCAAGCCUUCUAGACUGGACUUGCUCCUGGAUAUGCCACCAGCCGGCGUGGAUGUUCAGGUCCAGCACUCGUGGAACAACGACGACCGCUCGCUCAACAUCUUUGUCAAGGAUGACAACAAGCUGGUUUUCCACAGGCACCCUGUGGCGCAGAGCACCGACGCCAUCCGGGGACGUGUUGGCUAUACACAGGGACUGCAUGUGUGGGAAAUUAGUUGGGCCAUGCGUCAGAGGGGCACGCACGCCGUGGUGGGCGUAGCUACAAGCGACGCUCCACUGCACUCCGUGGGCUACACAGCGCUGGUGGGAAGCGACGGCGAGUCCUGGGGUUGGGACCUGUGCAGGAGUAAACUCUACCACGACAGCAAGAAUCACUCAGGGAAAGCGUACCCCUCCUUCCUGGAGCCGGAUGACACCUUCAUCAUUCCGGACUCCCUCUUAGUAGUUUUGGACAUGGAUGAAGGGACUCUGGGCUACAUAGUGGACGGCCAUUACCUGGGGGUGGCCUUCAGAGGACUCAAAGGCAGGAAGCUUUACCCGGUGGUGAGCGCUGUGUGGGGACACUGUGAAAUACGAAUCCGGUACAUAAAUGGACUUGAUCCUGAACCUCUGUCUCUGAUGGACCUGUGUCGGCGCUCGGUGAGGGUAGCGUUGGGGAGAGAGCGUCUGGCUGAAAUCCAUCGGCUGCCCCUGCCGGCCUUCCUCAAGAACUACCUGCUCUACCAAUGACGGCGGAGUCACCUUCAACAUCACUUCCUUUCUCUCCUGUUCUUCUCUGGGAUCCUUCUCGGUCGGUCGAACUUGUUUGACAACAUUUUCUUGGGGCUGGUAGGCAGACCCAGGCUCGCUGAUGAUUCAGCAAGUAAGUGUAUCUGAUCCGUGGCUGGACUCCUAUUUUUUUAUCCCGUCUUUGCAAUGGUAUUGUCUAACUUGUCUAAUAUCAGGAAUCACUGAGCUCUAUGCACCUGCUGAUGGCAAAUAUGGCCUGACAUUUGGUGUACCAAGUCCCUAGCGGUCACAAAUGGGAUGGCAUUGGCUGGUGAAUUACAGCUGGCUCAGUUGCAGUUUUACGGCGGCCACAAGAUGGCAGCAUUUGGUAAACAAUUUAUAUUUGUAAGAAAAGUGUCAUUUUUUUAUUUAUAAGAGAAAUUGUUAGUUUUAAAAGAUGGUGAAACAGGACUGAGAUGACCAUGCCAGUGACUUUGACCUUUGACCUUUGACCUUGUGCAGCAAUGGAGGGGGUCUUCUGCUCACACUCCAUCACUCCAUCACUCUCCUGAAAGGAAAUACUGUACAUCAGCAAGCUGAAGUCUUAGGAAAUGUCACUGAUUAUUCCUAGCAUGUAUCUGCAAGAAGCUUUUAUUAAUCUCUUUGACACGUGUUCUUUCUUACGACCCACAUUCUACACACGUCAGCACACAAUGUGGAAAGCAGCUUGGUGAAAUACUUGGAAUGGAAGUGAGCGGCGCAUAUCAGGCCACGGGAAAAUAGUUAUUGUUGUGGCAACAAAAAGGCCCCGUGAUCGUCCGAGCAGAAAGACAAUCCACAAAAGUGCUGCUGGGAUUCACAGCAAUAGUCAUGAAAGUAAAACGUCACACCGCGGCCCUGCUCAAAUGCCGUAGUAUCCUGUCUGAGUUGUUGCUUUUAAAAUGCAAGCGUGCGAUCAUCAGUCUGCACUCCGUGCCAUGCCUUCGCUUCCUUUCUUACUGCCUGCCUUUUAUUUGCUUUUCUUCAUGUAGUCUUGUUUCAAAGUAUCUAUUAAAGAUUAUUUCCAA